AUGUCUGAGAAAACUGCUGUUCUUGAAUGUUUCCUGAGCUGCCACGUGUGUUCAGAGACUUUCAGAGAUCCUGUGUCUCUGAGCUGCAACCACAGCUUCUGUUCAAGCUGCCUGACAAAAAUCUGGGAACAAGCUGAAAACAAAAACUGUCCCAUUUGUAAAAGAAAAUCCUCAAAAGAAUUUCCUUGGGUGAAUUUUGCACUGAAGGAACUGGCUGACUCCUUUGUUGGGAGACAGAAAGCUGGAUUAUCUGAGACAGAAAAAGAAGAGAAGAAGCUGGAGGUGGUGUGUAGUAAACAUCCAGAAGAGCCUAGAUUGUUCUGUGAGGAUGAAGACAGAGCUGUGUGUCCUGUCUGUGAGUUUUCUCUCCACCAGAGUCACAAAGUGGUUCCUAUAGAACAAGCAGUCAGUGACCUGAAGGACCAGCUGAAAUCUGACUUACAGUCUCUGCAGGACAAGAGGGACACAUAUGAAGAAGUUGAGGAAAUAUACAAGGGGGUGAUUCAAUACUCCACCAGGCAGCUGUUGUCCACAGAGAGACAGAUCAGAGCAGAGUUCAACAAGCUCCACCAGUUCCUGAGAGAGGAAGAGGAGUCCAGACUGGCAGCUCUGAGGGAGGAAGAGGAGCAGAAGGGGAAGACUAUCAGCAGAGAGAUGAAGAGGAUUCAGGAGCAGAUCUCCUCUCUGUCAGACAGUAUCUCUGCUGUUGAAGAAGAGCUGCAGAAACACAACGUGCCAUUCCUCAGCAGUUAUAAAGCCACUCAGACCAGAGCCAGAGUCCAGUGCUCACUGCCAGAUCCACAGCUGCUCUCAGGAGCGCUGAUAGAUGUGGCCAAACACCUGGGCAACCUGUCCUUCAGAGUCUGGGAGAAGAUGAAGGAGAAGGUCCACUUCAGUCCUGUCAUUCUGGACCCUAACACUGCACACCCCUGUCUCCAUUUGUCUGAUGAUCUGACCAGUGUGAGAAAUGACACAAAGCAGCAGCUUCCUGACAAUCCAGAGAGAAACACUAAGUAUGCCACUGUUCUGGGCUCUGAGGGCUUCAGCUCAGGGAAACACAGCUGGGAGGUGGAGGUGGGAGAUCAUCCUGGCUGGUUUGUGGGUUUGGCUAAAGAGUCAGUUGACAGGAAGGGGAAGGCAGAUGCUUCACCAAAAUAUGGAAUCUGGUGUUUUACAUAUAACAGAGGAAAAUACACUAAUGGAGCUGGUGAGACUGUCAGUGUGAAGAAGAGUCUCCAGAGGAUCAGAGUCCAGCUGGACUAUGACAGGGGGGAGGUGUCCUUCUACGACCCUGAAGACAUGACUCACAUCUACACUCACAGAGACACUUUCACUGAGAAACUCUUCCCAUGGGUCAGUAUUGGUUCAGCUGGUGAUGCCAAAACUUCUGAUAUCAAAACCUGUCAAACUGAUUUCUCUGUGAUGUUCAGGGAGAGUGGUGAAGACUAGGUGAUUUUUAAGGAUUUUUUUUAUUAUUAUUGUACAUGUGCAGCAACCUUGGGUUUGAAACUAGUCUUACAAAUUUAUGUCAAUCUAAAAUCACAUAAACAUAGAAAGUUUUAUUGUACAUUGUUUAUUUUAAAAAUUUCGAAAUUACUUCCAUUCUUUUAUUUUGACUUAAGUAACACAUUGUGUUUUAUUGUGCAGAAUGGACCAAUCAGUGAAUAUUGAUUUAUCAUUUAACCUAUUGUUUGAUUACAUACAUUCUAUAUAUUUUUCUACUUCUUAA